CCUCACUUUUUCUCUCUGGUUCUAUGUCCUUGUUUUUUUAGCAUCCUUUCAUUGUUCAUGUAAUUGCAUCAUACUAUAUAAUAUACGUAGAAAUCAGCAGCAACUCGUUCACCUCGCAGUUACACGCGCGCGCACGCACACACGGAGCUAGAAAUGGGAGACAACAUCAUCAAAAGAAGAACCAGAGAACAUGACGACGACGACAACGACAGUGACGGUUGCGAGCUUCUUCGGAUAGCAAAAGACAGAGAAGAGGCAGUCUUCUGGAGUAGAGAGACUUCCUCCAUGUUCAUCCUCUGUGCCCAUCUCCAUCGGUGCAAGAGAAAUAGCAUUGGGAUCAACAUCAAGGAAGAAGGUAGAGAAACUCCCACAAGUGAAGAGAAAUCAAUUCAGAAGCUGGUGAUUCUGCAGGGGGAGGUAAUGCGCAAGAAUAAUCAUGGAGAAAUUUUAGGGUUUAGAAAGGUUUUCAAAAUCCCUAAUGGCGUGGUUUCGGAUCAGAUCAAGGCCAAGUACAGUGAAGAGGAAUCUGCACUGAAAAUUUGCAUGCCCAAACUUGUGAAAGGGAUUUCUGGGGCCCAAAUUGAAGCCGUAAAGGAACAAGAAGAAUUUGGAAAGUCGAGCGGUCACAAAGUUGUCAAAGAGUUUGAGCUUCAUCUAAUUGAAAACCCUAGCUUUAAAAUCAGGAACAAAUAUGGGGAAAGUGAGAGAGAAGAGGAUGGCAAAGAAGAAACUGGUGAAGAAGUGAAUAAGAAUUCACAAGUAGAGCUAAAUGUAGAAGAAGACCAUAUUCCUGAGAACAUAGGAGAGGGACGCCAACAAGUUUACAAUAAAAAUAUUUUGAUUCAAUCAUUAGAGGAAGUUGGGGAAGAAAUAAUUGCAGGCACAAAAGAGAAAGAGAUUGAAGAUAGAGAUGUAGAGGUGAAAGAAGGAGCUGAAGAAUCACUUCAAACGAAGACAAGUCGUACUUUUGUGGAAGACACAAACGGAGACUCAAAUCGAAUAGAAGCAGAAGAACUGGAGUUGGAAGCUGAGGAUCACAGUGAAGGAAGUGUAAAACAAGAGAUGGGUAAUAAGGAAGGGUUUGAAGCAAUAAUGGAAACGAAAGUGAAAGAGCUUCCCGAGGAACCAAAAGAAUCACUUCAAGUAGUACCGGAUGAAAGUAACGGUGUUGUGGAGAUAACUGAAGGGGGACAGACAGAAAUUGAAGAGCCUAUGUUUGGACGAAACGUCAGAGAUGAAAUAAAUGAAGAGAAAGGCAAACUGUGUAACAAUGAUAACAAUGAAUGUGGUGAGAGUGGAAAUGAAGAAUCUCAAGUAACAAAGAAACAGCAAGAUUCUGAUGUGAAGCUAUUGAAAAGCUCACAACUAGAGUCCCCACGGUUCGUAGAAUGUAAUAAUGAGAUUAGAGGACCGAGAGAAAGCGAAGUUGGAGGACAGGAAAUUGAAGUGGAAGCUGAUGAACAUUAUGGAGUGAAAGUGGAAGCAAGUGAAGAGGAGAAAGCUAAUAUGGAAGAAAGAGAUGGGGUCUACGUGGAAAUUAUCUCAAAGCAAAUAGAUGAAGUGGAAGAUGUCCAAGUGGAAGCAGAUGAUGUAGACGAGAAAGCUAGCGUUGAAAGAGAUGAUGUGUACGUGGAAAUCUCCCAAGUAGUAGAAGAGCGAAGAGAAAUCCCAUUCAAAGAGAAUGAAGAGAAAAAAAUGCUGGAUGGUCGCCGACGUCGUCCUUUAUUCAUUGCAGGAUCAGCAGCCUUUGUCGGGUCUCUUGUAAUUUUCUUCAUUCGCCAAAGAAGAGUUGGAAAGAGGUAGGUCCAUCUCUUGCAGUAAGGUUUUGAUUAUUCCUCGGAGAUGAUAUUUAAUUAUUAAAUGCAAUUAUUUUUUGUUCCAUCUGUUGAUGCUAUAGCUUCUACUUUUCCUUAACUUCAAAUAAAGAUUGUUAUUUCACAGUCAUAGCUAGGGUUUCUA